AACUUCUUUUUUUUUUUUUUUCAUGUCGUUUAGUGAGUGAGAGUGAACUGAACUGACAUUGAACUGACAGUGAUAACGACGACCAAUUAUCAUUUGAUUAUAUAUCUCUUUUAAUUAUCAUCCCUUAAUAUAUCGCAUAGACUCACGAAUACUAUGUGGAUUAUUGAUUGGUUUCAAGAUGUUUUAUCCUCAUUAGGAUUAUGGAAUAAACAUGCUAAAUUAUUAUUCUUAGGUUUAGAUAAUGCUGGUAAAACCACUCUUUUACAUAUGUUAAAGAAUGAUAGAUUAGCUACUUUACAACCUACUUUACAUCCAACUUCGGAAGAAUUGGCCAUUGGUUCAGUUAGAUUCACUACGUUUGAUUUAGGUGGUCAUCAACAAGCUCGUAGAUUAUGGAAAGAUUAUUUCCCUGAAGUUAAUGGGAUUGUAUUUUUAGUUGAUGCUGCUGAUCCAGAAAGAUUUUCAGAAUCAAAAGCGGAAUUAGAAUCGUUAUUUAAAAUCGAAGAAUUAAGUCAUGUUCCUUUCUUAAUCUUGGGUAAUAAAAUCGAUGUUCCAACUGCUGUUGGUGAAAUGGAAUUAAAAUCAGCUUUAGGUUUAUAUAAUACUACUGGUAAAGAUACUGGUAAAUUGGCUGAAGGUACUAGACCAAUUGAAGUUUAUAUGGUUUCAGUGGUUAUGAGAUCAGGUUAUAGUGAAGGUUUCAAAUGGUUAUCCCAAUAUAUUUAAUCGAUCCCUCCUUCCCCCACCAUCUUCAUACUUUCCAUUUUUCAUGUCAUACAUCAAUCCAGUCUAAUUUACGUUAUUUCAUCACUACAACAACAACAACAACUUAUUAUUAUUAUUAUUUCUCUUUGUUAUAUUUUUAUCUUAUCUUAUUCCAUUCAUAAUGAUUCCAAUCUUUAUAAUCAUAUAUAGUUAGAUUUAUCAUGUUAAAAGAUUGUUUGAUUGAUCAUUCAUUCAUUGUUUAUAUAAUAAUUAUAUACAUCCAUUCUAUAAU